GUCGUUAAAACUUAAGAAAAUAUGUAUUUUUAGGUUUCAUUAUCUCUGUGUUUUGCACAAAUAUGUAUGCGGUAUACUUUGCUUCAGCCGGAAGUUUCUUGCCGAUGAUACUAAUGAAUGGAAUGUUUUGGCCAUUGGAGGGAAUGCCGAAAGUGCUUUACUGGAUUAGUUGCCUAUCGCCAACUACAUUUCCCUGCAUAUCUGUGAGAGGAAUUAUUUUCAAAGGAUCUUCCAUAUCUGAUUCUGAAGUUUAUAUUGGCGUUUUAAUAUCAUUAGGAUGGAUAAUGCUGUUUUUCGUCGUAACUCUACUUGACACCCGGUAUCCUGGUGGACUGCCUGGAUACCGUCGCGUAGCGGUUCAUUUCGGAAAACAUCACGUUUAUCAAAUUAAGUGAAUCACGAGACACGGUAGUGUCUCGCGCCAAGUAUUAUAUAAGCGUAGCUAGAACGCGCU